CAACUACUACUACGUAGAUAGAUGGAACUGGUGUUGAGGGACAAAGUAAAGUUCUCUGUCAAGAAAGGAAUUUGAUAUGCUUGAUGGUCUUCACAAAAGAGCCGCUGAUAUUCACCAACACUCUUUAACGUUCGGUUUAUCCGUAGUCAGAGAGUCAGCUGGCUGACCAGACGAGAACGAAGAGAAGCAUCUGAAGCUUUUUAAGCAGGCCUAUGCUGGUGUCUCCUGCAGCCAUGUGCAGUCAGGACACAUUAUUCUCGGUCCUGCAGGAUGUCCAGAAUGAUCAGGCUGAGCGAGAGUUGUUCGUCCUGGAGCUGGGCUCUGGUACAGGGCAGCACAUAGUUCAUUUCGCUCAGGAGUUACCACUAACUUUAUCACCUGAUCAUAGCCUACCAGAACCUGCAGGAAACGUGAGCAUUUACUCACAACCUUGGUUCUUUACAAUCUUGCUCAAUAAUCCUGAAUGAAGUCUUCCAGACAUCGACGUGCUCGGACAGCUCUCGUUUGGGAACAGGUUACGGCUAGAGAGAAUGGUGUGUAACAGUUAGGGGGAAAAUAGAUGUUCUACUUUUAUCUUCCUUUCACAGAUUUACACACCAUUUCAAAUACUUUCCCUUCAUUCCAUGAAUAUUCAUAUGAUUGGCCAGAAGAUGGGGAUUACAUCAUCAUCAUAAUCACCAUUCCACGUUACCAUUCGCUGUUAUUAUA